CUGUCACCCUUUGCUUGGCCAAAAAACUCAACGGUGGCAACGUGGACGAUCCGUUCACAGCAUUUGCAACUAUGGGACGUAUAAAACGCCAUGUGGGAGACCAGGAAUUCAAUUCGUACCUCAAGCGUUUGCCACCCACACUGAGGAGAGAUUAUAACAAAUUAACAGAAAUACAAUUUGAGCCGCAUACUAAUUUAAAUGGACGGGAUGUCCAAGAAAUAGAGCCCAGUAGGAACUUGAAGACGAGUUUAAGGUUUCGCCGAGGGUCUGUCGGCAGUGUCCAGGAUGUUCCGCUUUGCAGGGAGCUUUCGAAAGACCUUAGUAACUUGGAAUUUGGAAUAAUUCCUCAAGAACUAUAUGUUAGACUCCUAGACCACGAUGAUUAUAAGACCAGGGCACAUGCCGUUGAAGAACUAAAGAAUGUCCUCAGUGACCUCAAUUUUAAUUCUUUAUCGUUUCCAGCUAUUUUAGGUUUUAUUGGCUUUUUAUCUAAUUUACUUGACGACUCCAAUUUUAAAGUUGUACACGGUACUUUGGAAAUAAUCAACUUACUGGUAGUUAAGCUCAAUCAUGAUGUGGUGAAUUAUCUCAAGCCCAUUACAUCCACAACAGUAAAAGUACUAGGUGACAAUAAAGCUGUCACUAAACAGGAGUACAUGAAAGUUUUUAUGGGUUUAAUGAAACAGGUUGGUCCUCAAAGAGUACUUGACAUGCUGCUUGAUAAUAUAAAGCAUAAAAAUUCCAGAGUAAGAGAAGAAGUGUUAAACAUCGUUAUUGCUUCACUUUACCAUCCGAGUGAAGAUUUUGAUUUACCUAGCCUUUGUCGCACUGUUGCACCUACAUUGACUGACUCCAAGCGAAGGAUCCGCCAUGCAGCAUUAGAGGCUUUUGCUGUGUUGGCUUCAUCCAUUGGUACCAACCGAACAUUUUUGGUUAAAGCAGUGGACGCAGUAGAGAUACAGGAAGAUGGGGAUGGGCUGAUGGCUGCAGUGCAAGCUAGAUUAGCGAGAAGAACUCUACCAAAGUUGACCUCACAAGGACUUGUGGAAUAUGCAAUACCAAUGCCAACUUCUGCUCACGGCAGAGGAGUGCAGAUUCCCCUGGGAUCAGAUACUGAAUGGCUGCUGGCAACUGGAAGAACUGGAAGUGCGCACGGUGAUCAGGAGACUGACUUUUGGAACUAUGGAUCACCAAGCCCCAUUAGUGAUGAAUGUAUCUCUUCCAGAAGAGUGUUGAGUGCAGGCAGAGGAAAGAACAAAUUACCGUGGGAAAAUGCAAAUUCAGUUACCAGGGGAUCUAUUCAACAAGCUAGGUUACCUAACACAGCUCCGAUAGAACAGGUUCAACCUUACAAUGAUGUGCAACAGACUUCAAAACUAAGAACCAUUCAAUUGAUGCAAGCUGCCGAUGAUAUAUUUUUUACCAGAAAGUCCAAUGUCCGAAGUGCAAAGCUUAAUGAGGGCCUGGAUUUCAAUCUUGAGAGUAACCUAGAUGGUCUGAGAAAUUCUGGUUUUGGAGAAUCUCCUCAGUCUCGUCCUUCAGGCAAGAGGGGACUUUUAGGUUACUCCAGAAUGUUACACACACAAAGCACCAGUGUGGACUCUGAUCUGCAGUAUUUUGGAAUUGGAAACCAUUUGCCACAAGACAAAGGGGACAGUUUGCAAGAGACUCGUUCUCCCAUCCCUCUCAAACCCACAUUGGUAAAAUCGAUGUCCUCUCGAAGAGGCCUCAUCCCUACGAAACCUGUACCUCCCAUUCCCAGAGGCACAAGUCCAAUGGUUGAAGCAGAAAUAGCUAUAUUUGGUAACAGGAAGGGAACGAGCAAACCAGAUUCAGAGCAGAUUUGGGAGGAAGAUGGGGGAAAGAAGAUAGAUGAUAAUCUCAAAUUAGACCUUUCUUCCUUGGACUACAAAGAGGACGAAGCAGAUCAUGAAGAGAUGAUGAUUUCGCUGAAGUCUUUGCGAAAUAGUGCUGCAAAGAAGAGAGCUAAAUUGAGCAGCAGCACAUCUGAUAUCGAAAGCCCAGACUCUGACCUUAAACUUGAGCUGGGCGUGGAUUCCACCUCGCGCACUUCAUCGCCUUACACAAGCACUUACACCGAGAGUGGCGUUUACAGUCAGGAGUCACUGACUUCUCCUUUCCCUUGUGACAAAAAGAUAACGUCUGAUAGUUCUUCUCGAUUAGGAUCCAAACAGCGUCUUGGGGGAGUGCCGUCAGGAAAAGCCAGGCUACCAGCUUCAGUGGAAAACAGCUCGGUCUCAGGAGUAACGUUGCGUGACAAAGCAACUUCGGAUGUAAGCAUUAUUGGCCAGCGCAUGAGCUAUAGGAAUGGAAUACUAGAUUCUGAAGAAGAUAAGCGGAUUGAAGUAUCUUCUUUAGGUUCUAAAUUUCAUUCCAAAGAACAGCAAAAAACUCUAACAAGCAAUAAAGCUGUGAGAGGACUGACUGGGUCUACCAUCAGUAUGCAGCAAAUGAACAGCCAUGACGUUACUUCAGGAUCAGAAGACUCUGUUGUUAUUGUAGGAAAAGGAGUCUUUGGAAGCGCCCUGAUGGCUCCAUUAACUUGCAGUCAAGCCACGAUCUCCGCUCUUGAUAAUGAAGAUGAUAUCUCUAGCCCAAGGCACAAGAUUGAGCCUCCUUCAGGAAUCUAUGGGAGAGGUGUACAUCAGAAUAGCCACACGAGCAUUGUCACUAGCGAGAGUGAGAGAGAGAUCUGCAUGUCAAAAUCCGCUCGGGAUAAGACGAAGCAAAGGAAACGUGAAGGAAAUGAACAUCCAGCUGAGCAGGGAGAUCAAGAAUAUAAAGAUCAUGAAAACAGAGAAGAGCAUUUACGCCUAAAGAAUAUGGAACCAAAUAAAAUGGGAACUGAAAGCCUGAGUAUCAGUGGUGAUGUUCUUCUGAAAAAUGACUAUUCACCUGGAGAAACCAGCCAUCUCAGUCCAACACACCUCAAACGAACGAGUAGUAUAAGAAAGAAUCGGACACCCAACUCUCCAAAUUCUGGAGAGAACUCACCACUCUCUAGAGUAACAAUGCGCAAAGAUCAAAUGCCUUCCAUCGCACAUAGCCCAGAUGUUGUAGAUCCUGAUGAGUUGAGGCCUUUCUCCAAACCAGAAGUUGCACUUUCUGAAGCUCUUAAACAGUUGGCUGACGACGAUUGGGAGAAGAAAAUCGAAGGCCUAAAUUGUUUUCGAAGUCUUUGCACUUACCAUCCAGAUGCGAUAAUCGCAAGACUGCAUGAGACUGUCUUUGCUGCUGUUCAAGAGGUGAAAAAUCUACGCUCUGGUGUUUCAAGAGUUGCAAUACUCGGUGUAGCAGACAUGUUUACAACCUUGAAAAAGAAUAUGGAUCAAGAGUUGGAUAAUACUGUUAGAACCCUCUUGCACAAAGCUGGUGAAUCUAGUAUCUUCAUACGAGAGGAUGUGGAUAAAGCACUAAAUGCAAUGAUUGUCAAUGUUACCCCAGCCCGAGCACUUUCAUCUUUAAUUAGUGGUGGAUUGAACCACCUUAAUCCAGUGGUUAGAAAAUGUGCAGCAUUGCAUCUUUCGAAUUUAUUGGAGAGAAUGGAACCGAGUCGACUCUUACCUGGUAUUAAAGAUGUCACCGAUCGAAUUAUACCUGCAGUGGCAAAGUUUGUACAGGAUGUGUCCCCAGAAACUAGAUAUUAUGGACGUAAGAUGCUGUUUCUUAUGAUGUCAUCCCACCACGACUUCGACAAAGUCCUUGAAAAACACUUGACGCCUAAGGAUUUACCUUGCAUUCGAGAUACUGUUAGUAAUCUACAGCAAAAGGGCCUUGGAGAAAUGCCUUUGGACACCCCUUCAGCGAAGGGCCGGCGUUCUCAUCCUAGUAGUGGAGGGAGCUUUCGAGCUUCCGCUAGCUCGAGGGAAGUACAUAGUUUGACAGGAAGGGAUACAGCAGAAGGAGUAAUCAAUUUACGAGACUAUACAUGGAAACCAACACAACGGAACUUGAUAGAAAAUGCAGAAUAUAUCAAGGACAUUACAAACUUGCUGGGUGCAAAGGAUUUUCGUGAUCGUAGCCGAGGGAUUGAGCAACUCGUAACAAAUUGUCAAAACAAUCAGGACCUUGUUAUAACAAAUAUUGUUAAGAUUUUUGAUGCUUUCAGACCUCGAUUACAUGACUUCAACAGCAAAGUGAAUCAAAUGGCAUUAGAAGCAAUGCGGAAGAUAAUUCCACUGUUGAAAGAAAAUCUAGGUCAAGUUUUGAAUAUAGUUGUGCCUGCCAUUGUAGACAACAAUCUAAAUUCCAAGAAUCCCGGGAUAUAUAAUGCUGCCAUUAGUGUUGUUCAGACCCUCAUUCAUCAUAUAGAUAAUUCAUUACUACUACAGCUUUUCUGCAACAAGGCACUGUUCCUGAAUGGAAAAGCAAAGCAGGAUAUGACCGAGAAAUUGGCAGAUAUUGUACCUGAGCUGUACACACGGAAGCCUCAGGUUGUUGAGCAAAAGGUAUUGCCCGUUUUGUGGCAUCUUCUGGGGAACAUGACGAACAGCGGCUCAAUUCCUGGAAGCGGAGGAAACAUCCGCGUGGCUGCAGUUAAAUUGGCAAACGUUCUCUUUGCAGCAAUGGGUCAAAACUUAAUCGAUCAAGCCUCAAAUCAACAACAAAACAUCGGAAAGACUUUACAAGAUCUGCUAGACUACAAUCCCUAAACCGAGAAAGCGCAUCUUUCAGUGUUAACUUGUUGAAAAUGAGCGGAGGGGGGAAACCAGUGUGAUUUCAUAGUGCCUGCAUUUUUUUGUACGUCAGAUUGAAGAUCAGGACAAAUCAGUGCUGUUUGCAUACCACAUAUGCUCCAUGCCACAAUCAGAUUUUAAUUGCUAUAGACAUCCUGGUUUAUCAGCAACAUUUACACAAAAAUCACUCAGCUAUUUUGCACUCUUGUACAAUAGAAUCUAUCGUACACAAUCGGGUGUAUCAAUGUAUGGAAAAUUGUCUUUGUAAAAUGUGUGGUGCAUAUCAAAUAUAUAUCUAUUUUGUUUGCAAUCAAGUGUAUAGUGUUUCCUAAUAUACCCACCUGUCUUAUUUGAUGCUGAAUCUCCAUAUGAUGGUGGGGAAAUGGUGGAUUAUCUUCGUAGCCGGAAUCAAUGUUGAAUAUUAGUCCCCAGUGGUUGAGAAUAAAAAGUGUUUUAUCGC